CAUUUCAAAUGAGUAUCAGUAGUGAGCAGUCUAAUGAUGGCUCUCAGUCGCGGAUUACGUAUUUUAGAUAAUGAUAAAAUAUUUAUUAACGCAAGAAAAUGAACGUAUUCCUACCUGCAUUUUUUCCGCAAUCAACAACCUCAUUUAUUUGGGGAAAAUAACAGUGGUCGAAGGCGUCAUUUUCUUCAUCGAAACAGAGCUAGCUAAACAUCCGGUCUCAGAUCAUCAGACAAAUUUAAGCAACACAAACAUUGAUCCCAUAAAGCCAAAUAAGUCACUUGAUAGAAGGAGACAUGGAAGACAUCCAGGAGAAUCUACAGCAUGAGGAGGAUUCGUCUGUCGGCGACUUUGCAUCCUCGUCUUCCAGCAAUCACCCUCCUUUACGCUCCACGCGACUUCCUGUCCAAAGGAGCAGCGUCUGUUCUCGGGCUUAUUUCGUCGUGGUGAUGGUCUUCUUUCACGUCUACAUUCUGAAUGUUAUCGCCCUAUUGCUAUACGUCCACUACAAUAACGGCCCCGGGAAUAUCGUCAGUAGUGAUGGGACUUCCUCUGCCGGCGAGGGGGAAAGUCCUUCCCUUGAGUCCAUGCCUCCCCCAAGAGAACCCCAUGAAGAGGAGGAAAGUCAUGUCAUCAGGCUUCCUCGGAUUGAGGGGAUCAGGGUGGGACAUAUUCAGUCGGUGUCCCUCAUGUCUGAUAGAAGACACAAGAUGAAGACACUCAGCCUGAAACCUCUCUUAUUCGAGAUCCCUGGCUUCCUGUCAGAGGAGGAGUGCCGAGUGGUCGUGCAGCUGGCUCAACUCAAGGGUCUGAUUGAAAGCCAGAUGACAGCAGACAGCCAGGGACAAGAAGAGUCAAACCAGCCACUUCUGUCUCUGAGCAACGAGGAGGUCUUCAGUCUUUUGGACCUCAAUCAGGAUGGGUUACUGCAAAAGCAGGAGAUUGUCAGCCACUCACAUUCUCGAGAUGGGACUUGGUUGAGUCCCAAAAAUCUGCGUCAGAUACUCACUAGCCUGGAAGCCUGCUCCACAGGGAUGCUUAACCUGGAGGAUUUUCAACAUGUUUACGAUCCAUCCCAAGGACAAGAACAAAGUGGAAAGCUCCGCAAUCAGUUCAACCAGAGAAGAAAACAUACAGGGCUUUAUCAAGGCCCGGGAUCACAUCACGUGCUACAGAAACUUAAAAACAGAGUAAUAACCUUGACACGCCUGCCAACCGCAUUGGUUGACAUGAGCGAGCCGCUGCAAGUGUUUCGGUAUGAGCUUGGAGACUUCAGCGACGCUCAUCAUGACAGCAGCAAUCCUCAUGCGGAGACCGCCUGCUCGCACACACGACUGGCAGGAAAUGCCUCUUCCCUCGCAGAGAUCUCCUGCAGGUAUCUUACUGUGUUGAUCUACCUCAGUUCUGUUGAAGAGGGCGGUGAGACCACAUUUCCUGUGGCCGACAACCGUACCUAUGAUGAACAGGCACUGAUCCAAGAUGGAGUUGAUUUAACAGACACCCGGAAGACAUGUGGCCAAGGGAACCUCAGAGUUAAACCCACGGUUGGGACGGCACUCCUCUUGUACAACCAUCUCUCCGAUGGCCAAGGUUGGAUGGGUGAACUGGAUGAGUAUUCGCUGCACGGUGACUGUGUGGUGAAGCGUGGCCUUAAGUGGGUUGCCAACAGCUGGGUAAAUGUGGACCCGGACUAUCAGCAGCAAGCACAUUACCAAAGUCUACUUACUGAAAGGCAUGACGCUAAGUCAGACAUGGAAGAACGUUCCCUACCGCUUUCACACUUUGACCUCCACCAAGAUCUUUAGCUGAGCUCCUCUUACUGACCACCCCUUGACAGAUGUUUACCUUAGUGUUGUAUACAUUUGUAUGAAAAACACACAGCUUCACCUUUUGGUCUUGCAUAAGCCUAUCAUAUCUCAUGACAUUUUGAUGAGGGAAGAUCAUCUUUACUUUAAUAGAGGUUCAGUGGGCUAGAGGUUGACAUGCAAUAGAUUAUUAAAAGCACAUGUGUGCUAUGAUAGGCUGAAGGCUGCACCCUACUACUUAACUCAUCACCUACAGGCAGCUCGGAACCCACAGGCAACAAUAAUUCCACACUCCCCUCUGUUGAGAAAUUACUAAACUACAGAAGAUCUCCCUCUACUGGCUAACCUCAAACUAUAAUGCCGCAAUUAAUUAGCCUUGAUAAAAUUUAAUCGGGCUCUGGAAAUACUAGCCCAUUCUACAGCGCUCCCAAGUUUCAAGAUGAAAGGUUCACAAAUGAUGAAGUAGGAGUAGUAGAAUUUCAAAGUUAGUGUCUACAAGAAGGACAACAACCACAACCUGAGUUAGGUCUUGACAGGCCUUCAGCCUGUGAAAACUAGCACGAGUAUGCCCUAGCCUAGAACAUUACGGGGAGAAGGCUGUGCGGGAAUACCCUUUACUGGUUAACUCCUAAUCCACAAGCACCAUAAAUUCAUGUGCUCUGUGCGCAUGCCCUCUACUGGCUAACUCCUGCAGCAGGGGCAACAGAGGCACCAAUAGGUCCACAAUAAUCAGCUCUCUUCCAAAAAAUGAGCUCUCAGGAUUGAUACACUGGCCCAUUCUACAUACCUACCAAGUUUCAGAUGAUCGGUUCACAAAUGAUGGAGGAUUAGGACUUCAAAUUUAGUGUAUGCAAGAACAACAACAACAACCUGAGUGGCGACUUGACAGCCAUCUGAAAAAAAAAAAUAGCGUAUAUUGCGCACUAUAGACUGCCUAACUAUAAGCCGCUACAUCCUCAUUUCAUAAACGCUAAGAAAAACAUGCAAAUAUAAGUAGAUAAACCGCAUCUGGGUAUAAACUGCAGGUGGCCACAUUGAAAUGCUAUUUUAAAUGUUUGAUGACUACAAACACCACUAAUACAGCUGUAAAAUAAAAUUGAAGUUUUUUUCUAAUUGAAUUACUCUAGUUAAUCCAUUAAUCGUUGAAGCACUAAGUGAAUCUAUAUUAUCCAUUCAGAAUCAGAAAACUUUCGAGACCAUACAAAUCUAUAAACACAUAUUCUACACAUACUUUAUAGAACACAAUUUACCAUAUUUAAAAUUAAUCUUGCAUUCUGUUAUAAAUGUCACAUUUUAAAUACAAAAGUGAGGAUAAGUGGCAUGGAAGUUAAAUGAAUGUAUUAAAUGAAAGACGUUAAAGUGGUGAUCUUUAUUAAGUUACUAUAAUUGCACAUUCAGGACUUAUUUAUAUUCAAAAACAAAAACUUCGUGGUUUUUUUUCGUGUUUAUUUAUGAUAUCACAUAUAUUUAUUAAUUGCUGUAUUUAAGAGUUAUUUAUUGCCCUUUUGGGCCAGUUAAGUUAUUGGAAUGCGUAUUUAUUGGUGUUGCACUGACUCUUGUCUUUCAAUUGUGUUUUAUGAAAUGAAGGGUGUCUUAAGUUUACUCAACGUUGUCCUUGUUUUAUUUUCACGCCAACCUUGUUACAUAAAAUUUGUCCACUAGAUGUCAGCUGUAGCACAUUCGCCUGAUGACUGGCUCUACGUGUUGAAAGGCCAUUAAAUACUGUGACCGCUGUAAAAGAUUGAGUUUAGCAGGACGCCG